AUGGAUGAGAAUAUUUCAAAUCUUUGCUUACUUCCAGGCCGGCCAGAACUAUAUGGCGUUGGCAUCCGCACUGCAUUCUAUAUCCAAUGGCUCGGCUCCCUCAUAAUCGAGCUCCUCUCGGAAGAACACCUCAUGGACAUGCGCUUCAUCAGCGUAUUCUCCUCCGCUGCGGCACUGACAGCCCUCAUCAUUGGCGCGGCACAGGGGAAACUCCAUCCUCUCGAUGUGUACUUCCUUCUUCUCUUCGCCAUGGGCUUCUUCCUAUUUCUCAUACCGUUACGCACCUGGCAGCUUGUCACGAGGUGUCAGCCUCAUCUAGACCCCUUCUUUCUAUCAGAGGAGGAUCAUGGGGUGUUUUACAACUUGAUGACAGUGACGAUCCUGGCGGGCAACACAGCCAUGGGGGCAUGGUAUUAUACGACGUUUCUGCCGCGGUUGGAUCGUGAUUGUUGGGAGGUUGUCUUUGUGCUUGGAAAGGUGGACUUGGAGAAUAGGGGCUAUCACAUCAAGCGUCUUCGCAUUCUUCGUGUAGUAUCAGGCCUUGUUGUCUUUACCCUUUUGGUUCUCGCCAUCGAACUCCCCAUUUACUGGAAUCACAUCGACAAUGUCACUGAAUUUGAGACACUGGCGCAAUUGAUUCCCUUCUUUCUCAGCAUUGGGCUGUUCUUCAGGUCAUGGGCCCUGUGGGUCAUCCGCGACAGAAAUCAAGAGCAGGAUUGGGAUGAUUCGUGGUCGACUUCUGUUGCAACGAGCAGCAUUGAUCCAAUGGAGGAGUACUAUGGCCGGUUUGUUGAUUAUGGUGAAUAUGGUUGGGAUUAUUACUGGCCGCAUCUGCCUCAGUGGCCUCCUAGCGUAUACUACUCGGCAAGGUCUAGUUAA